AUGUCUACCAUCAAGGAAAUCAACAGUAUCCCCGAGUGGGAGCAGCUGCUCAGUUCUGUCCCUUCCACUACCCUCGUCAUAGCAUCAUUCCAUGCGCCGUGGGCCGCACCAUGCGCGCAAAUGGCCACCGUCCUGUCGACCCUCGCUUCUGAAUAUCCAGUCACCGAACCUCCUACCACAAAGUGGGUUUCCAUUAACGCAGAGGAUCUGAGCGACCUCAGCGAGACGUACGAUGUCACUGCAGUCCCUUUUCUUGUCCUUUUGAGGAACGGCCAAGUUGUCGAGACUGUGAGUGGCAGUAGCGCCGUAAAGGUGCGCACGGCGAUCGAGACACAGGCAAAGCAAUCUGGUCAGAAUUCAGAGGAAAGCGCACAGAACGGUAUCGAUACCAACGAUGCCGAAGCCGAGGAGCAAGAUCCCGAGAAGAAGAAGGAGGAGCUUUUCAAGCGUCUUGGGGACCUCGUAAAGGCUGCACCCGUCAUGCUCUUUAUGAAAGGUACACCUAGCUCUCCUCAAUGCGGCUUCUCCAGACAAUUGGUUGGGCUACUGCGCGACAACUCGGUCAAGUAUGGUUUCUUCAACAUCCUCGCCGACGACGAAGUUAGACAAGGACUCAAGGAAUUUGCGGAUUGGCCAACAUACCCGCAGCUCUGGAUCGAUGGUGAGCUCGUUGGUGGACUGGAUAUUGUCAAGGAGGAAAUGGCCAACGACGCCGAGUUCCUUACCAAGUACAGCGUCAGCGCUCCCGCAGCUGUAUGA